CUUUACCGAAAGAACCAAGAAGAUGAAUCCCUGUAGUCACGAAAGCUUUAAAUAGAAAAGCACUAUUGAAGUUGUAAUACAGUCGAAAUGAGUGAAUACGUUCAUUGAAUUGACCGAGGAAUUGAAUAGAGCUUGGGAAACGAUAAUGGGAGGCAAUUCCAAAGAGGAAACGUGCGAGGGAAGAAGCAGAACGGGAAGUGUCUCGACCUGCAGCAGUGUGGUGGGUGAUCGGUGUGCAUGAGUUGGCACAGUGAGGGGCACAGCUGGUGCAUCUGCAAGUCUUCUCGGUCAACCCAUGGCACCUGAGUCUGUCCCGUGACCUGGCAGCGAGCCUUCGACACUUCGCUUGGCCUCAAAGUGCACCUGGCCUGGCACAAGGGCCGUAGUGAUGUCACCACCACUUAAUGGCGAAUGAUGGCUGCUGUUGAUGUUGUUGCAUGAGACCGAGUGCUCAAUAUGGGUGGAGAUGCAACAACGCCACACCUCACCCAUGUCCGUCCAGUGUGGCAAGCGAUGCUAUGCAGCCAGGAUUUGGUCUUGUCAGUCAUCCGCAAACCAAUUCACUUUCCAUUUAUAUCGUGUCAGACUCAUCGGGCAGUCAUCAAUGCUUCAAACAGCCAUCAUAAUCAUCAUAGUCACGUUGUGAAGAAUAAUCUUAUCCCAUGCUUUAAAACAAUCUUGUAGAAGCAUAUUCUUCUUUAAAGGUAUGGGUGUAUACAGAAACACAAUGAUCUUAAACAAACUUUAAACAAAUAUACUGUGCCACAAAAACACAAUGAGUAAAUAUAUUGCCUGAUUUAUCUGUCAUGUAUACUGCUCUAUCAGAAUCAAAAGCUUUAUUUAACCUGGAGAAAUCCGAUAAGCGCUAAGCUAUGAAGGUCUUUUGACAGAUGUCUAUUGCUAUAUAUUUUUUUACAAUUUACAAAGGGAGCUGAGCCUUCAGUAGUUAGGGGGGCAGGGGGGUCUCAGCCCUCUCAACACUGCAUGGCUGCUUUAACAAGAACACCACACAUGACAGUACUAACUUUGUUGUCAUGAUUGUAACAAAGUUAGUACUGUGCUGCAGUUGUUUUCAGACACCAGGAAUUUGACUUGAGCAGUGAGCGAAUCUGAAUCGUUCCAACCAAUACAAUCCUUUAUUUCAACCAAGUGAGAACCCAGAGGAUAAUUAGAGCAAAACAUCAUAACUUGAUCUACAAGAGAACGUGCAAUAAUAUAGUAGUCCUUAGGAUCUAUUUAAUAUACAAAUAUAACAAAACUAAAUGAGAACAAUUGAAAAUGCGCUCUGAGCUGUCCAUUAACAGAGGGCAAUGGAAAGUGGGCAGGGGGGAGCAUUUGCCUUCCCAAAUAUUUGACAGGCCAAGACUUGUAAUUUGUCCCAUCAACGGCAUUAAUGAGCCCCAUUUGAAAUACUCAACGUGUGGCCCCAAUGACUGUUGCCCCUACCAACCUCAGAAUCAUUCCCACAGGCCCAAUAAUGAAUAUCUUCUUUGUGCCUCUCAGGUCUGCCUCGCAAAGGCAAUCUGUAAUUACAGUUAUGUAUCAAUAAGAGUGUAUAACCCAACGCGCUUGACUCGACAGUGUUGUAGCCACUUGUGUAACGGUUCACGUGGCGGAAAUAGCAAGUAAUUAUCGGAUCAUCUGCACGCCGCCAAGUUCUGCGCUGCUAGAGCGAGUGCUGCUGUGCUGUUGCGGGGCAUGUCUGGGGAUGUUAGUUAAUAAACCUUGAUUUGGAAUUCAUUAACCUAGGGCUGGGGUGGUUGGGUAUUGUACGUGGUUACACCGGGGGGUGCCUUGUGCCCUCUGUGUGCCGCUGGCGGCUAAGCCACACACAUCGUGGCUGUGGAGAAGAGUGGGUAUUGGAUUGUUGGGGAGUCGGGGGGGGGCACUGCUGACACCGAUUUUCGCAGUUCAAUUGAACCCCCGAAAAACCCACGGGCAAUGGGGGCACGUCACGUUCCACUGUGUUUCGUUGCAUUUAUGAACGUAUAGAAGAGGACUGAGUACGAUGCGUACUGUUAUUAAUGGAGCAUUCAAAAGUGAUUAAUAACUGUUAAGUUUUGCCUCGUAGAAAAUAUAUUGGCUCGCAGUAAGAUUUUUUAAAAAAGAAACUUGAAAAUGAGACAAAAGGUGGGAGACAAGCCGAUGGCUAAAACACACACGAUCUCACGCUCACUAGAACGUCAGCACAUGAAUACAAACAUACUUGUUUUUUUACAAAACAACCAGUGCCUUUAAAUGCAGUGCCUGUAGAACAUCCUCCACCAAUACACUGUAAGACAUUGAGGUUCCUCAUCCCUUGGUCGAAACUGUAAACCUAUUGAGCAGUGGAAGAAACCACCCGAGCCAUCUUGCACGGGUUGCCUUAUUUUAAUCACCCGGGUUUGCCCAGAUGGGGUGUAAAGUUCACGAGAAGUUGACUUGUGGAAUCUGUAGUCGUGUCUCUGUGCUAAAGGUCAUUUGACGUGUGCACAAUUAGUGGGCAUUUGUGACUAUACUACCGCAGUCGCGCAGGGCACAGUGCACCAGUCAUCGUCAGAACUCUAGACUGGCAGCCCAAAACUUAGACAAAACUUGCUUGUUGAAAUUUCAAACUCAUAACCAGAUGCUUGGAAGGAAUGGCCUUCUUGAUUGUGGGAUUUAAUGCUCUUUUGUAAAGGUGGCGGGCAUUGUGGCGUCUCUGAGUGACGUUUUUUUUUACUGAGGUAUUUACUUUCUUAUUCUUGCUACGAAGAUCACUGCAUAUAUUAAAAUAUUGCGUUUCUAGCAAUUGCUGACUUGAACGCAAGUGGAGAGUAAGGUAAGCUGUGGAGUUGUGCUUGCUGUUCACAAAAAAUAAAAAUGCUACUAUUUUCAUGUCCUGUAGUAGCACAUUAUAUCAGAAGUUCGGCAAAUACCCUGCAGUUAAUCUCCUUUGCAUGUUCUAUUUUAUUCACAAAGGAAUACACAUUUGAGGAUAAAUCUAAAUCUGUUGACCGCGAUGACCGUUUGAUGAAACUGGUUAUUGGCAGGCCCAGUGAUUUUGUGCAGAUUUUGCGUAUGCCUGGCUGGCUGGGAGCACGUCACGGGAAACUUAUCAUCGACCACACACUAUUCCGGACGGAUAAUUGCUCAAUGCGAUUAAUGUUACGAGUGCGCUUGUGCCCUGUGGGUAGGAACCACCGAAUAACGCUGCCACCCACCGGGGGGCCACCGGAGCACUGGAGCGGACGGGCCAUGGCUAUGAAUAGCGGUGUCGCGGCACGCAAGCCGUACAGGAAGGCGCCUCCUGAGCACCGCGAGUCGCGCCCGCCGGGAGCCAGGCACCUCGUUGAGCCCGCCAUGACACGAUAUAAGUCAGAGGAGGUGCUUCCAGAUUCUCAUAAAUCCAGGCCACAGCACGAGGAGCACGUGAACCUUCCGGUGCCUCACUCGGAGAGACCGGGCGACGGGCCACACCUCGCACAGAGCGCCGAACUCGGGAGGCCCGGAGAGUCGCAUGGCCCAGAGAGGGCCGCUUUGCCGGGGCUGGGCCAUCCGGGCCUGCCCGUCAGGGUCAGUCCCGACACCGCAGCAGUUUCGAGGGAUGGGCCUGGCGGGGAGCAGACGGGGCCGAGGAGGGAGGCAGACAGACGGGCAGCACAGCCAGGCCUGGAGGCCGAGCUGGGUCAGGCAUGGGAGGAGAUCCGACGCCUCCAGGAUAUGUACGGCAGAAUGCAAAGCAGUUACUUGUCCUCCCAGAAGACUAACCAAGACCUGGAGGAAAAACUGCAAAAACUGGCUCAGGCAUUUGAGGAAGAGAAAACGAGCCUUAACGUGGAGAUCGUGGCGCUCACGGGCAAGCUGAUGGACGCCAAGACCACGAUCAACAAGUUGGAGGAGGAAAACGAGCGCUUCAGGAAGGACUGUAACCUGGCCGUUCACCUCCUGCAGUGCAACAAGUCCCACUUCAGGAACCACAAGUACUCUGAGCUGCCCCAGGAGCUGCAGGAGCUGGUGAGCAAGCACAUGGGCGGGGAGAUUGGCGACGCUGCCAGGGCCUCGCCGUCCCACGGUCCCCCGUCGUCCGCUCACCCCAAGGACUCGGUCCCCACGAGCGUGAUCGUACGCGUCCUUGAGAAGCCCGAGCCGCUCGGCCUGCAGUCGGCGAGCUCGCGCAGCGCCCCGCGGCCCCUGGCGGGCGACACCUUCGUCCACGUGGACAUGAGCGCGGAGCAUUACGAGCAGGACGAGGGCGACGACGCGGAGAACGACACGGCCGCCGCCGUCGCGGACAUGGUUUACGACGACGCGAGCGACACGUGGGUGCACAAGGGGUCGUCGUCGUCGUCGGCCAGCGGCAGCGCGUGCAGCCGCCAAAGCAGCGUGGACGGCGCUGGCGCCCCGCGGGACAACGGCUGCGAGAGAAGCGUGCCGUCCCCUCGUCGGCUCUCCCCGUACCCGACGCCGGCGCCCGCCGGCGCGCACGCCACGCCGCCAUCGCUGCCGCCUUCCAGCACGUACGGCGGGCGCCGCGCGUUGGUGGAGUUCUCCGGCGACGAUCACGUGAGGAUCCCCAAGAACAGCCCACUCCCCAACUGUACGUACGCCACGCGGCAGGCCAUCUCCCUCGGCAUGGCCACCAAGGAGGACUGCCGCGGCUGUCGGAAAAGCGGUGCCACCGCCGACGCCGCCGGGCUCGCAUGCGGAGGGAAGUCGCUCGCCUCAAGGCCCCAUCCAAAACAGCGCCGGGCACAACAUUGUCGUCCCCGCAGAGCUCGAUCACGGCUACGGCAAGACACGUGA